GAGGGGUUGAGAAGGGCAAAGAGCAGACAGUUAUUCGAACGCAUUGUCUAGUUGUCACUGUCCGACACCAUAUUUGCAGUUUAUGAGCCAGCAGUGACACAUGAAAGUAUGAGGAUCUGUUAACAAAAUGAGGAGCCAAAUGUAGCUGAAAGAAGUCCUGGAGCCUGAACAAGAUAAAGAAGAUAAAUACUACAGAGAUGUCUCCUGUUGCAAGAUUGGGAAAAUGGAUGCAUUAGUACCCUUUGUAAUUGUUCGAGGCCAAAACAUGCUGCUCCAAGCUACCCAGCCCGUUCGUCCAAUUCAAAGUCGAAAUCCGCGCAUAUCUAAAGAGAGACUAUCACUAGAUUCUUUUACUGAAGACGAAGUUUUGCAACAUUUCCGCCUCAGCAAAUUUGCCAUACAACAAUUAUAUGAUGAGAUAAAAGAAAACAUUGACAGCAAGACCCAACGCAGUAAUGCAAUUCGUGGGAUGACUAAAGUAAUUGCCGUUUUACACUAUCUUGCCAGUGGCUCAUUUCAGUAUUGUAUUGCUGGAAAGUUGGGUUUCACGCAACCCACUUUCAGCAGGAUUUUAAGACAGGUGGUUGAGGCCAUUGGAAAAAUUAGCAAUCAAUACGUGCGUUUUCCCUAUACUGCAGACGAACGUGCAAAAAUUAAGGAGCAGUUCUUCAAUAAAUUUGGAAUGCCAUUGACUGUGGGCCUUAUCGAUUGCACACACAUUGCCAUUCUUCCACCAAGUGCUAUCGAGCAAAGCUAUCGGAAUAGAAAAAUGUUUCAUUCAAUCAAUGUACAAGUUAUAUGUGGCCCCAAUGGCAAAAUCCUUGAUAUUGUGGCAAGAUAUCCUGGGGGCACUCAUGAUUCUUUUAUAUUAAAUUCCAGUGGAAUUGGAAAUCUCUUUAAAACGGGAUACUUUAAUGAGGAUCUUUUGUUGGGAGAUAAUGGCUAUGGACUCACUACAUGGCUGUUAACCCCGUAUCUAUUUCCUAGAAAUGAAGCUCAUCAAAAAUAUUAUUUGGCCCAUAGGAGAACACGUAGUCGUAUCGAAAGGGUAUUUGGUCAAUGGAAAUCCCGAUUUUGAUGUCUAGAUGUUACCGGAGGAGCUAUGCUAUAUAAGCCUUUACUGGUGGGAAAAAUUAUCCUUGCAUGCGCGGUUCUGCAUAAUCUCGCUUCCUUGCUCCACAAAAUCCCUGUAGAGAUUGCCUCAGAUCUUCGAGAGCCGCUGGACUGUGCCAACGUUUGGGAUUCUGAAACAAACCCACCUGGAAAUACAAAACGUGAUGAGAUUGCACAGAAUUUUUUUGGACAUUAGUUAGUGUAACAGAGACUUUGCCAUGUCCCCAUUGCAUCCUUUGACUAAUCCUCUAGCCAAACUAACUUCAUUCCUUUAUUCUGCCUGCUUCAUCUUUUUAAUUAGUGGCCAAACUCAUAAAUUUUCAAAAUGCUAGUUGCUUCCAUGAAGAUCCUCUCUGUUGUGAAUGUGUAUGUUGGGAUAUUGGUCCGGAACCGUUUUCUGUCAACUAA